CAAGAACUCCUUAAAAACGUUUCCAGGUAAAGAUGCAGUUUGUUGAUGAGGAGAGUAAUAACAUUAAUGAUUCAGAAGCAUGCAGUGUGAAACAUGAAGAACAAAGAGAAGCAGUCACUAGCAAACAGGUUCGGAAGACUCACUGGCGGAUCGGAGGGAUACAGGAGAACUGGCGAUUGGCAAUACGAACAGGAGUCCUGGAGACAACAGAGCGAGGACACAGAAGUUGGAGAUUUUCAGCAGUCACUAGCAAACAGGUUCGGAAGACUCACUGGCGGAUCGGAGGGAUACAGGAGAACUGGCGAUUGGCAAUACGAACAGGAGUCCUGGAGACAACAGAGCGAGGACACAGAGGUUAAAGAUUUUCAGACCUGAUGGAAGUGAAAAGGGAAAUUCAAGAACAAAAGGAAGUGGAGAAGGACCAUGAGUACCAGAAACCUCAUCAUAUCACAAGUGGAGAGAAAUCUUUCAGUUGCUCACGGACUGCAAAGAAAAAGAAAAAAGCCAAGGGAUCUUUCUCCUGUCCUCAGUGUGGAAAGAUUUUCACACUAAAAGUAAACCUUAAUAGCCACCUAAAAAUUCACUCCGGUGAGCGUGAUUUCACCUGUCUUCAGUGUGGCAAGAGUUUCUUUAAAAAAGCAGACCUGAAGAGGCAUCAACAAAGUCACACGGGCGAGAAGCCUUUCACAUGUCCUCACUGUGGGAACUGCUUCACACGCAAAGAGAGCCUCGAGCAUCACAUAAAAAUUCACACCGGGGAGAAACCUUACACCUGCCUCAUAUGUGAAAGGAGUUUCCUUCGGAAAGGACACUUUAAGAAUCACAUGAAAAUUCAUUCUGGUGAGAGGCCUUACACAUGCCCACAUUGUGACAAGAGUUUCACCCAGGCAUCCGUUCUCAAAAACCAUCUGCACUCUCACUCUGGAGAAAGGCCAUUUAACUGUGAUCAGUGCAGUAAAAAUUUUAUUUCAGCAAAACACCUAAAACUACACCAGAAAAUUCACGAGAAGCCUUACUUGUGCUCUUUUUGUGGAAAGACGUUUUCACAACUGGGUUAUAUGAAAGAGCACCAGAAAGUUCAUACUGGCGAGAAAGCUCAUAUGUGCUCUGUGUGUGGCAAUUCCUUUUCUAGAGCCAAAUACUUGAAAGAGCACCAAAAAAUCCACACUGGAGAAAAACCUUACAAUUGUUCCUACUGUGACAAGAGUUUUGCUCAGUCAGGAAACCUGAAAGCACACGAGCGAUUGCAUACUGGAGAGAAGCCUUAUCAAUGCCCACUAUGUCAGAGGGGUUUCACCACAUCAAGUACUCUAAUUUAUCAUAGAAAAAAAUGUCGCCAAAAGUUAUAGUAAACAAACAUUAUCUUCUUAACCUAACGUUUUAAAGCAAAUUGUGCAGAAUUGAGAAGGUAAUUUGCUGAUAUGCUUGUAUGUUGGGAAGUAGCAGUAGUACUACAUUUUAAGGAGUAGUUCACCAGAAAAUGAAAAUUCUCUCAUCAUUUCCUCACCCUCAUUUCAUCCCAGAUGUGUAUGACUUUAUUUCUUCUGUGGAACACCAAUUAAGAUUUUUCAGCUCUGUAGGUCCAUAAUUUGAUGUUCAAAAAAGCACAUAAUGGCAGUGUAAAAGAAAUCAAUAAGACUCCAGUGGUUAAAUCUAUGUCUUCUGAACCAAUAUAAGUGUUGGUGAGAAACAGAUCAAUAUGGAAGUCCUUUUUAACUAUAUGUAAAUUAUCCUCCCUGCCCAAUAGGUAACGAUAUGCAUGAAGAAUUCAAAUUGCCGAAAAACAAAAGUCGUCGUCUUAGGAGAGAAGAGUGCUUAGGAGGGCUGUUUGAAAGUUGAUAUUUAUAGUAAAAAAGGACUUUAAUAUCGAUCUGAUAUUCUCCCCCACACCAAUCAUAUGUUUUCUGAAGAAAUGGAUUUAACCACUGAAGUGUUAUGGAUUACUUUUAUGCUGCCUUUUUGGGGCUUAAAAGUUCUGGUCACCAUUCAUUUUAUUUAAUUAAUGCAUUGAGGACUGAAAAUGCUUGUAUAAGAGACUUAAGAGUUGUAUGAUGAUGGAAGCUUAAGUCAAAGACAGUUUGCAUGAAAAUACAUCAAAUUAAAUAAUUACAUUUUGGUCAUUCCUGUAUUCAUAUAGUGUACAUUACUUUUUAAAAAUCAUUGAACCACUAAGGUCACUGUUGAUACACUGUUGUGCAAUAUAUAGUGUUCUCAUUGUACAUUAUGAAAUGAAAUUUCCACAAAUGGUUACAACAUUUUAUAUUUAUUGGCCUUUUUAUAGCCAAAUGCAAACUAGAAGACAUAGUGAGGUUUGUUGAUUGUAAUCCUUUUUAAGGUGAUGAGUUAAGUGUUCAGUUCUACAGUAUGUGUAGACAAAUGUAUUGUCUUUGUUUGCAUGACAUUCUUUCAGAGGCAAAUGUGCAUACAUUUUUUUUUCCUCAUUAAAAAAAGUUGAACUCCUAAAGACAUUAUUUUAAUGUGAGUGGUCAUGAGUUCCUACAUAUUUUGCAAAAUUACAAUUAAAGA